AUUUUCUAGAUAGUUCCGCAGUCACACUGCUGAAGCGAUUAAAUACCAAAAAAAAAAAUAAUAAAAUAAAAGCUAAAAAGCAUUUUAACGAAAAAUUAACGUGAACAAAGCUAUCAAAAUGGUUGACUACAGUAAAUGGAAGAACAUUGAGAUUUCUGAUGAUGAAGACGACACACACCCGAACAUUGAUACCCCGUCGCUGUUCCGCUGGCGGCACCAGGCGCGUGUGGAGCGCAUGGAGGAAAUGGACAAGGAGAAGGAGGAGAUGAAAAAGAAACGACAAAGCAUACAGGCGCGCCUGCUGGACGUCAAGGAGCGCAUUGGCAAAAAAGAUGGCGAUGAAGCCGCCCUCAAGAAAGAGCUGGAGAAGAUCGAGAACGAGGGCAAGGAACUGGAUCGCAUCGAGAACGAUAUUCUGAAGAAGGAGAAGAAAACGCCAUGGAACGUGGACACAAUCAGCAAGCCCGGCUUCGAGAAGACCGUCAUCAAUAAGAAGGCCGGUCGCAAGCCCGACGAGAACCUGUCGGAGGAGGAGCGCGAGCAGCGCAUGAAACAGUUCGUCAAGGAGAACGAGAAGCUCUGCAAACAGUACGGAAUGCUGCGCAAGUACGACGACUCCAAGCGCUUCCUCCAAGAGCAUUUGCAGUUGGUGUGCGAUGAGACGGCCAACUAUCUGGUGAUUUGGUCCAUCAACCUGGAGAUGGAGGAGAAGCACGAGCUGAUGGCGCACGUGGCACAUCAGUGCAUAUGCAUGCAGUACAUCCUCGAGCUGGCCAAGCAGCUGGAUGUCGAUCCACGCGCCUGUGUUAGUUCGUUCUUCUCAAAGAUUCAGUCCUGUCUGCCCGAGUACCGGCAACAGUUUGAGAGCGAGAUCAAGGGCUUCAAGGAGCGCAUUCAAAAGCGAGCACAGGAAAAAAUUGCGGAAGCCGUGGCACAGGCAGAGGAGGAGGACCGCCAAGAGCGCAUGGGCCCUGGGGGCUUGGACCCAGCCGAUGUCUUUGAAUCCCUGCCUGAUGAGCUGAAGGCCUGCUUUGAGUCGCGUGACGUGGAGCUGCUGCAAAAGACAAUUUCCGCCAUGCCCGUGGAUGUGGCCAAGCAUCAUAUGAAGCGUUGCGUGGACUCCGGCCUGUGGGUGCCAAAUGCUGCCGAUAUGCCGCAAGGAGCCGACGAGGAGGAGGAAGCUGAUGCAGCUGCUGCUGGAACUGCUAGCGGUGCGGAAAAAACCGACGAUGCCAAGUCGGAAAGUGCCAAGGAGGAGCCCAUCUACACUGGCGUCAGCACUGAGGAUGUUGACUGAUUGCCUGUGGCAAGACGCAGUUGCAUGUUCCAUCUUCACUAUAAGUCUAAUCUUAACGUCCUGUCCUAACCUUAUCCCUCGCGCACACACACGCAUAUGGAAUACCCAAAUUCAUUCAUCCAAAGCCUUUCCACGUUGAGUUUUUGUAUAUAAUUUGAAUAAAGUCAGCUAAAUUCUCA